AAAGCUCUCGCCCCCACAUUUUGCCCGUCGAGCUCCUCCAUCACUUUGUGGCAUGGCCGAUUUUCCCUUUUCGAUUUCCCAGCAGCUGAAGAAGAGCUAAUCGAAGUUGGCAAGGAAUCCAAAAUUCAUCUUUCUGUGUCCCGAAUUUUCCGGUAUACGACAAAUGGGUGGAAUAAAUUCUUGAGUGAAGUGCACGUGCGAGGGUUCUGAGCGAGUCACUGACGACGAGGGAGGACACGAGGGCGAAGCCUGAAGUUGCAGGGAGACAGAAACCGAGAGGGUUUAGGCGCAGGAGAGGCAGGAGAGAAAGAGAGUUUGCGGUGAGUGUUUGUUUGAUCGACGGAUCCAUCGAUUUUUUUAUUGAUCGCUAGGCAUCUAGCGGACCAACAUGGAGACGAUGGCUGAAUUGCGGAUGAAGAAGAAGGUGGAAGAAGCUCUCCGCAGCAAGAUGAAGGCGAAAGCGCUCAAGGAGUGUGACGACGUGCUUUCGAAAUUCACUGAAUGUGCAAGAGGAAGAACGUUGUCCGUUGUUUGGGCUUGCCGCGAGCAACACAAGGAGAUGAAUGAUUGCCUUAAACAGUUUACCAAUGACGAGGUAUUUGAGGAGCAAAAGAGGCAAUAUGUGAUGGAGACAGAGGGAAAGUAGAAGAUUAUUGACCUGUUUUGGCCAUCUUAUUCAAUAUCAUUCAUCCAGCUUUGGCACGCUCCUGAAAUUCCUACUGUGAAUGAAUAUAUUUUUAUUUCCAAGGACUUACCUUCUGUACAGGAUCAAGACCUCGGUUGCUAGUCCUCGGGCACGCCUUCUAUAAAUCUUGACCUGUUUGCAGUGGUUCGUUCACAGAAUUAGUCUUUAGAGAAUAAGUAGCCGAAGGAGUUCCAUGUCUUACCUGGAAGCGUGCUCCUGUUGAUUUUCGCAUCUUUUUUAGGCCCACGAUCAGGAAAGCACAAGUAUGCCAGUUUUGUAGGACUUUGUUGACCUUUACAGUGAUACUCAUCAGAACGCUGCUCUUGGUUAUUUAAAUCUGACAGAAUUGCUGACGAUAAGCGAGGAGGUUAUAACAAAAAAAGACCAGUGAAGGAGGAGUUAUAGAAGUAAUCCUUCAAUCAUGUUUUAUUUUUUUCUCAGCUGCAUGUGAUAAGCGAGUGAGAAGAAUUUUUUUGCGCUUGUCAAAUACACAUUAGCGAGCUGGUCUUAUGACUUAAUUCCUAAAACAGAAGAUUGGUCCUGUACAGAAGGACCAAUCUCAAGCGAGACAGAUGUAUUUGAAGAUUAAGAAGACAAUCGGCUGUAACUAUUUGACCCCC